AUGCGACCCUGGGAGUGUUUCCUACUGGCAAUUUCCGCCCUCCCUUUUGCUACCUUUGCGGAGAACGGUACAGCGUUGCCAGUCGUUGACCUAGGGUACGAGAGAUAUCGCGCAGCUUCAUUCAAUCAAUCUGGGGGGUUCUACAACUUUAGCAAUAUUCGUUACGGCGCGCCAGCUACGGGCGACCUGAGAUUCCGAGCACCGCAAUCACCAGCAAUCAACCGCUCCACAAUCCACGAUGGCUCUAACGGCCGUAUCUGUCCACAGGCAUAUCCGAAAUGGUUGGCUCUCGAGAGUGCAUUUAUACCGAGCUACUUAGCUGGUAUUCCUUUCAAUGGCUCGCUGGAUCUGUCCGAUUAUCAAUAUACCCCAACCCCUGUGGAUCCAAGAACCGACGAAGACUGUUUGUUCUUGGAUAUUCUCGUUCCGAAGCAAGUUUAUGACUCAGCUCGGAUGCAGAAGAAAUAUCGCGGAGCCCCGGUGCUGGUGUGGAUCUAUGGUGGAGGCUAUGCAUUUGGUGAUAAAACAACUCAAACUGGCGCUCCUGGGCUUAUUGAACGGAGCCGACAGGACGGUAGUGAAGGAGUGAUAUAUUUGUCAUUCAACUAUCGCCUCGGUGCCUUUGGCUGGUUAGCAGGACCGACAUUUAGCAAAUCCGGCACGCCAAACGCAGGGCUCUUGGACCAACAAUUGGCCCUGAAGUGGGUCCAGAAGUACAUAAACUUGUUUGGAGGAGAUCCUGACAGGGUCACUGUGUUUGGAGAAUCGGCUGGUGGAGGAUCCAUCCUGCAUCACAUUACGGCCUACGGAGGCAUGGAAGAGCCGGCUCCAUUCCAGCAGGCUCUAUUGCAGAGUCCUGGAUUCCUACCAUUGCCACAGAAAAGCCGCCAAGAGCAAGUCUUCAACCAAUUCCUUAGCCUUCUCAAUGUCAGUACUAUUGAUGAGGCCCGAAAAUUGCCAAGCGAAACAUUGACUCAGACGAAUGCUUAUCACAUUGGCGAGUUUUCAUACUAUGGAGAUUUCAACUACGGACCCGCUGUUGAUGGAACUUUUGUCCCUGCUCUCCCCGGACAGCUUCUGCAACGGGGUGACUUUCAUAAGAACAUAAAGGUCAUGGUAGGGUCGAACUCCGACGAAGGGCUCCUCUUCAUCUUGCCAACUGCAUUUAACGAAUCCGGUUAUCAGCAGUAUCUACAAGAUAAUUUGCCAGGGCUCACAGAAGAUACCCGGCAAUACAUAUCAGAGACCUUAUACCCGCCGAUAUUCAACGGCAACUUCGGGUACACAAAUGGUCUAGAGCGAGGUGCCUUAACACUUUCUGAUCUAGCGUUCCAAUGCAAUACUUUCUAUGUCAAUCGAGCUUUCGGGGACAAAACUUAUGCAUACCGAUUUAGUAUCCCUCCUGGGGUCCAUGCGGAGGAUUUACCGUAUACAUUUUACAACGGGCCAAAUCCAGCAGUUGCAAAUGCCACUGCUGCCCUUAUUUUGCAGGACUAUAUUACCACUUUCACCAAAACAGGUGUUCCUACCUCAAGUUUGGGACCUCCAUUCGAAGAGUAUGGCAGGGAUAAAACUGUCUUGAAUUUUGGGUCCGAGCUGAUAAUGACUACCCUUGACCCUGCUGCUAGCGAAAGAUGCCGGUGGUGGCAGCAAGCAGUUUAUGCUCACUGAAAAAAGGGACUUGACAUGAUAAGCAAAAGCGAC